AUGUACUACAACAAUUACAAGGGCAAAAACCAUCCUGUGGCACUCCACCUUAGUGAAGAUGAGUUUAGAGAAAUAUUGCAAAGACUUUUCCCAAAGCUCAUGAACAAGACGUUCCACCUGUACACACAGAAUCAAAGAAGGAAGUUGACUGAGGCACCAUUUCAUCCUCAACACUUCAAGGACCUGAAGUACCAAGGAGUUGUAAUAAUAAAAAUCCAAGAUGCUACAGGAAAUUUAGUGAAUCCUUCAAACAGCUUAACAGUUCCUACUUCAACUGCAGCACUUGCAACAUCAACCCAACCUUCAACUUUUAGACCAGUUCCCAUAUCAACUCCAGCCAGGCCAGUACCUGUAUCUACGCCAGCCAGGCCAGUACCUGUAUCUACGCCAGCCAGGCCAGUACCUGUAUCUACGCCAGCCAGGCCAGAACCUGUAUCUACGCCAGCCAGGCCAGUACCUGUAUCUAUGCCAGCCAGGCCAGUACUAGCACCUUCUCCUACUACUACAGAACCUGAACUUUCUCAAGCUACACCUAAUCAUCAGACCUGGAUCUCAUCAGGAACUCCAGUGGUGACCUUCAAUCCAAGGCAGCACCUAGUAAAUGAACAAGAUAUUGACUUUGCAAGUUCCCUAGCAGCAGACAGGGAAAAGGAGGAGUCUAGACAGGCAGCAAGAGCUCGCAGAACAUUGGAGCGUACUGAAAGGACUAGGCAAAGAGAACAAAGAAAAGAGGAAAUGGAACAGCUACAAACAAAGGCUGUUGGAGAUCUGCAAAUCUUAUUCAUAACAUCUCUAGCUGAGGAUCAUGUCUCACUUGUAUUUGUGUUACCAGACCAGACAGUCUUAGAAAAGACUUUAUCUAAAAAAACAUCUUCUGAGGUUCUUCACCUGUAUGUAGAGGCAUGUACAGAUGUUGUUUUGGCAAAGCUUGUGUAUUGUGGUCAGCUACUAGUAAGAGAGGAUUCAACUAUAGAAAGCCUUGGUAUAACAGGGAACUCCAGAAUCAUUGUUGAAGAGAAUCUUGAGGAAAUCCUUGUUGAUAGCAGCUCUGAAGAAGAACCUGAAGAUUCAGAACCUAUCAACCUCCUUAAUGUAAAUGAUCUCACAGAUUUAGAAACAAGAAGAGACAGGAUUCGAGAAGGCCUUCUUCCUGCCAUCAAUGUAACUAUAAGAAGAGAAGACAUCAUUCAAGAUGUACUCACUACUUACAGAGAGCACCCAGACAUUAUUCACCACCACAUCAAUUGUACUUUUGUUGGGGAAGAAAAUGCUCUAGACUUAGAGGGUGUGACUAGGGAAAUGUUUUCUGUUUUUUUUAUGGCCGUCAUUAUGAAGUUUUUCAUCGGGAACCAACAUAAACUCCCUAGAGUUGAUGCAAGAACUUUAUUUAAUGGGACCCUUCAGGUGAUAGGUAAAAUCAUCAGUCAUGCAUAUGUGUUGUGUAAUUAUCUUCCUCAAGGAAUUUCACCGCUUCUUUACAUCUUUGCUGGCAAUGGCAUAUAUACUGAUGAACUCCUUUUGCAAACAUUUUCAUCAUUUAUCACUGAAACAGAUAGUAACCUUGUGAACCAUCUAUUAUCAAACACAAAUUGGGACGGCCUACACGCUGAGAUUGUAAAUCUCAUCUCUACAUAUGGAGGUUUUGAGGUACCAACAAAAGCUAAUGUUAAACAGACUAUUCUUGACUUGGCGAAAAUAAAUAUGACUGUUAUCCCAUGUGUUCCUAUUUCAAAAAUCAAAGUGGGUAUGGACUGCUACCAUUUGUUAUGGAACGGUGUUACUGAACAUGUGAUUAUUAAUUUAAUGAAUCAAUACAAACCGACACAUUUGAAAGUCAUCAACCUAAUAUCCUAUACAACAUCAGAUGACCCAACCCUAUGUUCCUUAGAAGAAAAGGUCAAGACUUAUUUUGAAAGAUUCAUCAGAAGCCUUUCCAACCAACAACUUCUCCAUUUUCUUAAGUUUUGGACAUCAAGUGACAUUUUAUGUAUACCCAGGCUUUACGUUUCUUUCAAUUCCACUGAAGGCUUCAACAGAAGACCUAUUGCAAACACUUGUUCAGCUACUCUUCAAAUAAGCCGUUUUUAUUUUUCUGCCGAUGAACUUACAGAAGAAUUCAAUAUGUAUUUAUCACAUAGUUCUAGUGCAAUGUUUGACUCAAUAUAAAUUGUAUUGUAGAAAAAGGUCUGUUACUAUGAAUGACACUAAAAUUUAUUGCUUCAUGUUCUUGACAUUUAUGUUAACCUAACAAUUUUCUCAAAGCAAAAUUGUCAUCUGCUUUUAUUUUUAUAAAGAUUUGAAAAUUAAGAAUGCAUUAUUGCUGUUUGUUUGAAUGAAAGAAGAAUAAAUUUGAUGAAACUGAAGAAAAAAAUAGUGCUCAGUGGCAAAGUUAACAUUUGAAAUUAAUGUUAACUAUAUAUAGUAGAAAUAUUUGAUAGGAAUAUUUAAGCUUCUAGUCUCAAGAUUCUUCAAUGAUCAGUUUGAAUUAGAGAUAUUAUUAAAUUUAUGAUAUUUUAAGAUAUAUGUAAAUACCUUUGUUGCUUCUAUAAAAAAGAGAGGUUAUGCUAUUCUAAUAUUAGUGCUCAGUGGCUAUUUAGUGUUUGAAUUCCAAAUAUAUACUGUACAUAGUUAAAGGUCCCAAGUUCAAUUUUAAGAUCUGAUAUAUCAAAAAUAUAUUCUUUGGAAGAAAAAAAAAAAUCGGAUUUUUUUUAUAUGGAAGUACUCAGUGGUUCAUUAGUUUUUGGUUUCCAAAACUUAUAUACUGUACAUAGUUUAUACUUUUAUAUUUCAAGUUAAACUGUUAAUUUUUUAUAUAUCAUAUAUAUAUCUUAUGAUAAAAAAGGGUUAUUUUUUAGGACCUUUUGAUAUGUUUGUUAGUGCUUAGUGGCUCAUUGUUAUUUGGAUUCCAAAUAUACUGUGGAUUCAUUAUUAUUUGUUGAAUACCAAUUUUCGUGGAUUCUGUAAAUAAAACCACGAAAUUUAAUGUUCAACGAUUACAAACUUUUAUAUAGGUUUAUAUUAUAUAUACAGACUCUGCAAAACCAUUAAAUUAAAUAUCCAUGAACAUGCAAGCAUUUCUUAAUCCAUGAAAAUUGGUACCCAUAAAAAUAAAUGCAUCCACAGUUUACUGUACAUACUUAUUUUAUGUUUAAUUUAUUUAUCAAAUGUUGUUGAUAAUGUGAUAGAUAAAAUGAUUUCAUUUUCAAAGUCUAUUGUUCUGACUUACUAUUUAUAACAAGGCUCCUA